UAUAAAGCACCGCCCACUGACGUCAUGCGGCUGUGUUUACUUCCGGUCAGUUUGGAAAAAAAACUCCGAUGAAAUGACAGAUUUGAGUCCCCGAUAAGCCUCCAGAUUGAUAGCAUUUAGAACAAAUCACAAGCUCCUGUAACAGCUGAGUAAAACUGAACGAUCUGCCUACCUUUGAAGAAGAAGUCUUUUUAAAAAAAAAUAAAUAUCUUGGAGGCCACGAGGAGGUGCAGCGCAUAUGGAUUGGUUAAUGGGAAAGACUGCAAAAUCAAAGCCAGAUGAAAAGCUGCCAUCGACUGAAGAGAAGAAGUUGUAUCUCGAGGCAGAAUACACCUCCGCCCGGGUGUCUGAUGCAGAUUUGCCCAUGCUUGUGAGCUUGCCCAGAGAAAUUGACCAGAAUGAAUGGUUGGCCAAUAACACAAUGACAUUCUUCAAUCACAUAAAUCUGCAGUACAGUGCUAUCUCUGAAUUCUGCACAGCAGAAAGCUGUCCUGUGAUGAAUGCGUGUAAUGUUCAAUACUUUUGGAUAGAUGAACGAGGGAAGAAAAUAAAGUGUACUGCACCACAGUACGUUGACCUAGUGAUGACGCACAUCCAAAAACUAUUGACUGAUGAGGAAAUUUUCCCUACCAAGUAUGGUAAAGACUUCCCGAGUACCUUUGAAUCACUAGUCCAGAAGAUCUGCCGCUACCUCUUCCAUGUUCUUGCUCAUAUCUACUAUGCUCACUUCAAGGAAGUUGUGGCCCUUGAACUGUAUCCACAUCUCAAUACCGUGUACACGCACUUUCUGAUCUUUGUCAGGGAGUUUAAUCUCAUCGACCCCAAGGAAACGGCUGUGAUGAGGGACUUAACAGAUGUUCUCCUCUGUGGCACACCGCAGCCCCAGAACCACGUGAACCACAGAUGAACCAGGCAGCCCGUGCAUAUCAUGGAUAUUAGAAAUAUUUUCUUUAGUGGAAAGAAUAAUAACUUAAGGAAUCAUGUUGCCCAUGGCAACGUUGAAGAAAUAUGUGACCAACAAAUCAGUGAUACCAAGUGGCCCAAAGUGGUGACUGUGUUGAACCCCCUACCCAUACAGCAGUAAUCUUUUCUGAGAGCCUCACUGACUAUCAACUUUUAUGUAAUGACAUUGUGUCAGUUUGCUCCCCCAACCCCCAAGCCCACCGACUCCAGAUCCCCAGUAAUGGCAAGUCAUGAGUUUUUUCACUUCUGCAGAAGAUUCCCAUAACUUGCUUGCUGCCAGUUAUGGAUCUGUUAGUGUUCAUGAAAUAACUGACACUACACAUUGACAUGCCUGAAGUAUCCAUUUAGGUCCUCCCUUACCACUCUCUAGUUUGUCAUGGCCAGUGCCCUGAAUACCACAAUUGUGCAGGUAGAGCAAUGAGAUCAGAAAGUUCCUUCGUGAAAUACCUUUAUGACUGACGGGAUAGAACAGAUAAAAGCUUCUGUAGUAUACAUGUAGGUUUUUUAUUGCUUUUAUUUGUUGACAAUUACUGAAGUAUACUUGUAAACAAGCUAGAGAUGGUUUUUGCUUUACAGGGCCUGUUGCUCCUUUCUCCUUUCUCCACUGCUCCCCUUUUUCUAGUUAUAUCAUUAGUUGGUGCCAACAAAUCGGCUUUAUUGAAAAUAACCCACAUUUAAUGAUCUUAGUGGGCCAGAUGUUCCUUCAUGGCCUGCAAUUUGUUUUAUAUCUUGCAUGCAUUCUUUGAGUUAUUGGUGAGCUUAGAAGUAGCCCUGAGCUCACAUGACCUGGAGGGAGAAAAGCACCCAUGGCAAUUGAAUGUUCCAUAAAAGUGGUAAAUAUUUGACUCAUGCAGGCAUUGGGUUUUUCUGCUCACUAGAUGAAAGGAACCCAUGCUGGGGAACAGAACACUUUCCAUUGUCAGCUCAGGGUACACGAUAAUAGCAUGUACUUGUUGCAGAGUAAUGUCCCCGCUCUCCUGUUUUAAUAACGUGCUUCAGCCCAGCCUUGGGAAAAACUACACCAAUAUGGCAUUUCUCCAUUUUCCACAGAGCACGAUUACUAGGCAGGAUCGAAUUAGGGCUCGUUUGCACUAUAGUCCGUGUUCAUGGGGUGGGAUGAAGACUACUAUAAAUUCUAAUUCUUUAAUUUCAGCAUUAAUGUAUUACACUACUGACUUGGUGUGGUAGGGUAGGUGAAAAUAUUUCCACAGAUGAUGUUAGAAUUGUGGAUGUGAAUCACCACCUUGUGCCUAUGGGUUUAAAUCAUCUUGUUAUUUAUCUGAGUUUUACUGCGCCUUGCCUUUUGGAGCCAAUUUAAGUUUUAGUAUGGUAGGAUGAAAACAGCAUCACAGAUGAAAGUUCUAGCUCACUCUCUCUUCUGGUAGCAACGAGAUUGUAUAGUUUGGAAGAUGGUAGGAAAUGUGAUUAAUGGAAAACAGUGGUCUAAGUUGUGAAACCAUUUAGACUGUGGCUCUUCUCCCUUUUUCACUGCUCCAUUAAUAUUUUUAAUCUUCUAUAUUGGGAUAUGACCACAAGACUAACUGAAUAAAACACAUCCACUGGCCUGCCAGUGUUUUCCUCCUGAGAUACCAUGAAACUUCUGACAUUAAAGAAACAUUGGGUCAUGUGAGGUUUCCUCAAGAUCUUGGCAUUUGUCCUGUAUUUUUCUGAGAUUUUUAAUUCUGAAGCCAAUUUAAGAAUCUUUAUUUGUAGUGACUGGUUAGUGUGACCUCUAAUGAGGUCCCAUUUAUUUUCUCCUUUCACCAUUAUAACAUCUUCGAGAGAUGUUCCAUUUCUUUGUUAGUUAGUGGCUGAAGAUCAAUUGUGGAAAGCAGAGUUAGUAAAAUAUCUAGUUUUUGCCUGCUAGCAAUAACUCAAGUGCCUAUGGAUUUUUUUUUUGUCAGAUAUGCACUUUGAAAGUUUUCUUUUCAAUGGCUAUAAUUUGAGUGCUUUUUUUUUCAUUCUCCAGCACAGUAUGAGUAGGACUAUAGCCCAGUCAGGACCAAUUCUUCCAGGAAAGGAAGGAUUGGUUGGAAAUGAGCACCUUUGACCAUUAGCAAAUCAGUUCUGAUGUCAGCUACCUCUGUUUUGGAUUUUAGAGCAUAGCUGGUACACAACUUUACUUGAAUUUUACAGUGAAGGCCACUGGGUUCUAAAGGAGGUAGGGGAUGGGGGGGGAAUACUAGUCAGAUUAGGUGGCGUAAUUGACACAAUCUGUCAGUGAAUCUGAAGUUGACUGAGUUUAUGAGGUGCCAGGGUUUCUAGGUCUAAUUUUUAAUGACCGUAACAAGGCAAUGUACUUCAAUGCAUUUAUUAAUCUAUUGCUUUUGUUAACUUUUUGCUGAUUUACAUCACAGUUAGGUGGUCUGUGCAAAAGUUAUAAAAUAUUUAAAAGUUUUACCAAUGAUUAGUGGAUUUGAUUUUUUUUGUUUCUACUGUCAGGUGCAAAUAUUAUUUAUUUUUGGCAGUUUGUGUUCCUUUUGUUAACUGGAGCAGAACAUAGGCUGUAUCAACACUGCUUAGACUGACUAGCUGGUGGCUUGGAGCACCAGAUAGCACCAUUGUACUUCUCCAUUUAAAUGCAUAUUCAAUUUGUGGGGUCAAAUUUGGCAUGUUUACCCUACAGGACUCUCCGUCUCUCUGCUGAGCACUAUUUUGUGAGCAAACCAUAAUUCAGGAAUUGGUGGGCAUUGCAGGUUCAGGAUGAUGUGGGUCUAGAGUCAGGGAUAACGAUACUGAUUUUAAUCCUGUUAUGCCCAAGAGACCAACCCUAUGCAGGAUCUCUGGAUCUUGCAAGCCUACAAAGAUUGGCUCAGGACACAUGUAAUUGAGCAUCACCCAUGUGAUCCUUGUCCUAAUGUGAGACAGUGGCAAGCUCAAGGAGACAAUUUGGAGAGGAGAGGAACUGUAAGAUUUGCAGUUUCGGUAGCUACAAUGCCAAAUUAUUUUAUGUAUGUGGUGGAGGGACUGAAUAGUUAGAAAUAUGACAUGUCUCGUGUCAUUUAUAGAAACUGUGCCUGUCUGAUUGGGAGUGAGGGCUUUGCAAACCAAGGAGGCAUCUCUGGUCUGAAUUCAUGAGAGUUGCAACUAUGAAUGAGUUAUAUUGCCUGAUGCCACAGAGUUUUUUUUAACAGCCAGAUUUAUCACUCCCUAAUGUAUCCACUGUACAUUGUGUUAUUAAGUGCAGGACUUCCAUAUUACUGUUUUUGAUUUUUUUUUGUAUGCAAAUAUCUUGAGACAGGAAUGUGUAGAAACGAUUGGUGACAGAACUCACUGGGUGUUGUUGACCAAGUAACAGGAGUGCUGAAAUGCAUUAGUUACAUGUACAUAUCAGGGUCGAAGGUUAUAUUGGACUGCGCUGAUAUGUUUGAGUGACAAUGAAGCCAGUCUCUCUCUCUCUGAAGCUAUGACAUUCUUUUUGGGGUGGCAUAGGUAGUGGUUUUUUUUUUAAAAAUCCGAUUAUUGAGCAGAUGUGUAUACUUUGUAGAAGGUUCACUCCUAGGCUAGUGGACUGGAACGCGACUGCUUGACUUUUAGGGUAUGAGCUUAGUCAUUUGGUGUGAUUACAAGGUGGAACUUACCUCAUUCCAAAGAAAGCAAAAGGGGUUGGUUUUACUGCAGGGAAGACUGUUUCUCGAUCUCAAUGGCUGGAGUGAUGGAAGAGUAUUGGCAAUGAUUUCUUUUUGCAUCAUCUCAUCUCUGAACUUGAAUAAUCUUUGCUUCUUCUGAGCUUGUGAUGAGGAUGCCUAAGAUAUUGCCAGGUAUGAUGCAUUGAAAUGAUACACCAAGGCAAAUUCCACCCCAGUUGUCUUGCAUAUGAUAUGAUUUGAUUUGAUAGCUUGUAGACUUUUAGAUUUUUAUCACCCUUGUUAGGAGGCCUUGAGAUGGGCUUGAGAUGAGUGUGAAUUGAUAGUGUGGAGUCCUCCACUGUGAGUGCGCUCGAACACUUGCUGACAGGAAACUUACACAGAGACAGCGCCAGAUCAAAAGGCAUGCUUUGGCUUCAACCCAUAACUGCACUGAUGGUGCUAGCUUGUUGCUACGAUGAGCUGUUAAUUUACAGAAAGCCCAAGGUAGUCUAUCAAUACUGGAUGUAAUAUAACUCUUAAGAUCAUACAUUGCAUCUCACAAGAAAACUGAAAAAUAAAAAGAAUAACUUUAAUAUUGUGUUUGGUUUCUGACAUUUUUUCAGCUUUCAUAUUUUAAAACUUCUAAUUCUAUAUAUAUGCUUGCAUAAUACUUAAUGACUGACAUUAUCACGAUAAAGGGUUACAGUAGAAAAUCAUCUAAUGCUGCUUGCACUUUAUGAGGAAUCAUCUAAUUCAUGGCUACAAAAUCACAGGAGAUUUGUUCACUUUUUUUUUCAUGUUUUGAAUGCAACUAUCCUUCUGUAUGAAGGAUACUUGCUUAAUAGUUGCACUUUUCUGGCAAGAAGCAAAACAAAUCUUAGUCCACCUUUCCUCCUGAAUAUGCCAUUAUUUUACAGAUGUCAGUCCCCUUGCGCUUCGUUUGGUCAAUGGAUCUUUUAAAAAGUGUACAUCUAGACAGCAGAGUUGGGCUAUUGUUGACAGUUGGGUUCAGCUGUGCUCAUCUCUCACAAGCACACACAACAUUUUUGACUCCAGAUUUUCCCAAAAGACCCAGUGGUGGGUGGGGGCAAUGGUAACAGCCCAUUGAAACAACCCAACUUUGCUCAAGCUAAGGAACAAAUCUGGGAUCUUCCGGUCUGUGUUGGCUAUAUCUAGUGUCAUGGUGCAAGAACAAAGGUGCAUGUGGUCUCCUUUCAGAGAUUUUGCCAUAGCAAUGUCAGACUUUGCAUAUUUUGUUGAAAUUUGCAGUUUCUAUGAUUAAAAAAAACUAACUGAAAGACUGA